AUGAGCACCACCAGCGCCUCCCCAAACACCGAACCACCGGCCCGGGGCCCCGACCUCCAGGACCUGCACUGCUACACCGAGACCAACGGCGUCAUCACGACGACCAUGUUCGACGUGCCGGGCUACCGCGUCGUGCGCGUGCUGGGCGUCGUCUACGGCCUGACGGUGCGCUCGCGCAACUGGGCCACCGGCACCGGCAUGGUGCUCAAGUCCGUCAUCGGCGGCGAGCUCAGGGGCUUCACGACGCUGCUGUACAGCGCGCGCAACGACGCCAUCGGCCGCCUCGUCGCCGAGACCCAGAGUCGCGGCGGCAACGCCGUCAUCGCCAUGCGCUUCGAGAGCGGCGAGCUCGGCGGGUUCUGCCAGGUCUGCGCUUAUGGAACCGCCGCGGUCGUCGAGAAGGUCGACCCGACCGCCGAUGAGCAUCCGCAGCUGGUGGAGGUGGCGCGGUGA